UCAGUGAAAUAAGUAUGCCAAAAUCUGCAUUCCCCUCGCCCUCCCAAGUCGUAGAUAUUGGAAAUCAGUUAUGCCCCGCAACUGUUUGUAAAAAUGCCCACGACGCCGCAACGGACUUCCCAUCCCUGUCUAUAUUUGAGUAUUUCUAUUCGCCCAAGAUUGCGGCUCCUGUCCCUUCCUCGACAAGUCACCAGUCACUGCCACCCACCUUAUCCCAUCUCCCUCGCUUCCUCCGCUUUGUGGGCUCCCCGUAUUUCCUUGACAUUUAAUAAUCUGUUAACAAAUACACAACAAUGGAUGAAAUUAAAGCUAAAGCUAAAGCUAGAGGUGGUGCCUUUGAAUACUUUCUUUCGUCUUUUAGGAUUUUGUAAAGAAAAACCCAUCUUCCCCAAUCGGGAUACUUUCUCUUGUGCAUCCUUGGCUGGCCUUUCAUUUCUCUGUAAUAUUAUUUUCCCGAGAGUCAUGGAAGGCCCCGCCAAUGAACGCCCUGCUUUUGGGAAGAUGGGCUACGGGUGCGACCAUUAUCGGAGAAGAUGUAGGAUUCGAGCUCCCUGCUGCAACGAGGUCUUUCCUUGCCGCCAUUGUCACAACGAGGCUGCGGGCAUGCUGAAGAACCUCUAUGAUCGGCACGAGAUAGAUCGAUGUGAUGUUAAACAAGUCAUAUGUUCAGUUUGUGACACCGAGCAGCCCAUAGGCCGAGUUUGCACGAAUUGUGGCGUCAAUAUGGGCGAAUACUUCUGUGAGAUCUGCAAAUUCUACGACGAUGAUACUGAGAAAGGGCAAUUUCAUUGUGAUGAUUGUGGGAUCUGCAGAGUCGGUGGCCGUGAGAACUAUUUUCACUGCAAGAAGUGUGGUACUUGCUAUUCAAUCAGUCUGCGUGAUAAUCAUCAGUGUGUUGAGAACUCCAUGCGACAUCACUGCCCUAUAUGUUACGAGUAUAUGUUUGACUCGCUGAAAGAUACAACUGUAAUGAAAUGUGGGCACACAAUGCAUUCUGAAUGUUGCCAUGAAAUGAUGAAGCGUGACAAAUUCUGUUGUCCGAUCUGCUCCAAGUCGGUGAUUGAUAUGUCUAAAACCUGGAAGAGAAUAGAUGAGGAGAUAGAAGAAACUGUCAUGCCUGAGGAAGCUGCCCUAUUCCUUCUUUUGAAAUAACACUUCAUCAAAAGUCUAUUAAGUAUCAAGUGUUAUAUAUGAACCAAAAUGGAAACUUUCUAAACUGUGAUAAGAUUCUGCAUCAUAUUCAGGUCACACAGUUAAUAAACCGGCUAAUAACCUGAUAGUAUGUUCAUAAGAAUUAUUCUCAAUGGUUCUGAGCUGUUCUUUAGUUCUUGAGAAGACAAUCUAAACAGCGAGAAAUGAUUGCAGGUCUGGAUACUGUGUAAUGACUGCAACGAUACCACUGAACUUUACUUCCACAUAAUUGGGCAGAACUGCAGCCACUGCAAAUCAUACAAUACCCGCUCAAUUGCACCACCAGUUCUUCCUCAAUGACAAGGGGCAAUGUCCGGCCUUGUAGACGCAUGCAUUGCAGCGUCGCUGUCGCACCCAGUGUGUAUAAUACAAGGCGGAUUUUUAUUGCAAGAUUCAAUCAUCUUAGAGUUUUUCUGAAUUGUAUUCUUGCUCCAAUUUAUGGAUGGAUUUGGAGCCAAAACUUGACCACUCUGGGUCUGAUGUAACAUUACAAUGUGUACAGAAAUUCUGGUAACAGGGUUUCCCUUGAAGAUGUUAUGCUGUAUUUGGAGUCUAUUUAUGGUAUUAAUCCAUAGGAGUAUGGGGCUAAACAAGGCUAUUGGUUGCCUGAAA